UUCAAUUACCGCUAGAUGGCUGUGAGAAUAUCUAGACGACGCCCUUGAUGUUUUUUUCACGUUUUGUUUUCAAGUUUUCCCAACAUAUUCCUUUGAUCAAAAUGCGAAUUGUUUUCCUUUUGUAUUGCCUUGUGAUCGGUUUAUCGACAUUUUAUUCAGUUCAAGCCCAAGGUGUGGGAUUGUGGUGUUACAAAUGUGUCAGUACACACCCUGGCUGUGGAAAGAACUUUGAUUGGAGGUGGCAUUGGUCAUACACCUGUCCAGACCCGAACGAUAAAUGCGUCAAAAUUGUAGAGAAGAAGGGAGCAGAGGAAAUCAUCACUCGUGAUUGCCUCAGUUCCAUCAAGGGCAUUAGAAGAGACAUUCCUGCUGAUAUUUACGAAGGAUGCCGUCCAGCAGCCAGAGAUAUCAGGCUAGCACAAUAUGUUUUCAAUGACAUUGAUGAGUUAGACAUCAAGAGGAACUAUUACGACAACACAACAUUUUGCUUCUGUGAUUUCGACCAGUUUUGCAACUCUGUGAGCAAACCUGGAGUAUCAGCCAUGAUGGUUAUCAUGUCAGUAGUUGCCUACACUUCCAGUUGGUUGCUAUUUUAACUUACCUCCUUAUAAAUGAUCUGAAAUGAUGCAACUGUGUGAGCGUUUUUACAAGUCUGUUGACAAGUCUGAAUUACAUAUUCCGUCCAACUUUUUCCCA